UGCUUUGAACUUAGAUGACCCUCUCAAACUACCUUGAAAUAAAUCUAGCAGAUAGAUAGAUAGAUAAAGAGAAGGAGAUGGUGGAAAACUUGAAACUGCCCACCAAAGUCCACUGUUAGUCACAGCAAACGCCCUUUUUAUUCAAAAAACUUACCUUUAUUCAAAAAAGUCUUUCUCUUUCUUUCUAUGUGCCUAUCCUUUUUAUCUUUGAAUGUUUCCGCUUCUAUCACCCAAUAAUUCCUUGUUUUCCUGCUUGACUUCCCAAGAUAUUCGCUUGGGUUUCUGUUAGUUUCCCCCCCCUUUUCUUCCUAAAUUGAUUUCUUAGCUGGACAUAGAUAGAUGGGUGUAUAUCUCAGCACUCCCAAAACUGAAAAAUUCUCAGAAGAUGGUGAGAAUGAUAGAGUUAGAUAUGGUCUAGCAUCAAUGCAAGGAUGGCGUUCAACGAUGGAAGAUGCUCAUGCUGCAUAUCCUGAUCUUGAUGCAUCUACUUCGUUCUUUGGUGUCUAUGACGGUCAUGGAGGUAAGGUGGUUGCCAAGUUUUGUGCCAAAUACCUUCACCAGCAGGUUCUCAAGAAUGAAGCAUAUGCUGCUGGGGACAUAGGAACAUCAGUUCAGAGAGCAUUUUUCAGAAUGGAUGAGAUGAUGCGUGGACAAAGAGGAUGGAGAGAAUUAGCCAUUUUGGGUGAUAAAUUCAACAAGUUUUCUGGCAUGAUAGAAGGUUUGAUAUGGUCUCCUAGGAGUGGUAACAGUAAUGACCAAGUUGAUAACUGGGCCUUUGAGGAGGGCCCUCACUCUGACUUUUCUGGACCAACAUCUGGGAGCACGGCCUGUGUUGCAGUUCUAAGAAACAAUCAACUUUUUGUUGCAAAUGCUGGUGAUUCUCGUUGCGUAAUAUCUAGAAAGGGUCAGGCAUACAAUCUCUCUAGAGAUCACAAACCAGAUCUCGAGGUGGAGAAAGAAAGGAUUUUAAAAGCCGGUGGUUUUAUACAUGCAGGACGUGUCAAUGGCUGUUUGAAUCUUGCAAGAGCUAUAGGUGAUGUUGAAUUCAAGCAGAACAAGUUUUUACCCGCUGAAAAACAAAUUGUAACCGCUAAUCCUGAUAUAAACACCAUUGAGCUCUGUGAUGAUGAUGACUUCCUUGUGCUGGCAUGUGACGGAAUCUGGGAUUGCAUGUCUAGUCAGAAGCUAGUAGAUUUCAUCCAUGAACAACUACAAUAUGAAAGCAAGCUUUCUGUUGUCUGUGAGAGAGUACUCGACAGGUGCUUAGCACCAUCGACAGCCACCGGUGAGGGUUGCGACAAUAUGACCAUGGUCCUGGUACAGUUCAAGAAACCAAUCAAGUGUGCCUCAUCUUCGGAGGAGCAAUCCUCCCAAUCCAAAUCAGCCGACAAUGAAUUGGAGAUAAAGGGAACUCAGGACUAGCUGCAACCGUUGUUGGAAGGAUCAGAUGACCGGCUUGUUUUCCUUGAAUAUUCCGAUAUGCAUAUGUAGAUGGCUUUUAGCAGGAAUGCAAUUGAUGACACAUUAAGAAAGAAUAUAUGUCCUUUUUUGUUUCUUGUAUUUGAAUCAUUAAAUUGUGAUGUUUUUAUUUCUGAAAAUAACACUAUGAUAAUUUCAGUAAUAAUAUGUACAGUUUGUAACUA